AUGGUUCCUCUUUAUAUUAAGGGGACUGAAUGCACACCAUUAAAAAAACAAUACCUUACUAAAAAUGUCCACCAAAAUACUGUAGUUAUUACAAUGCUAGGCUGCUAUAAACCGUGGUAACUAGCUAGCAUUGACAUACAAAAUAAAAUAAAUAAAUAAGUAAAAAAGAUUAUAAAGCUUUUUACAGAUUGAAGGAGAUCCCACAUUUAUUACAGGAAUAUAUGAAGUAGUCUAAUAAGUAUAACGGCAAUAAGUAUAUGAAAACAUUAGCAUGGUAAUUUGGCGGAAUCUGUGGUUAUACCAUGUUAAAUGUUUUUAACUGGUUUAUAACUAUUUAAGUGAGUGUAGUUAUAAGUAACCUCUGCCGUUAGACUACUUUUAUUUUGAUAGCAUCUAAGCUGCUUUGUCGGUUACUUCAUACUAGCUUCAUGUGAAGAGAAGUGCUGUUAUGUUCUGAUGUGCUGAAUCAUGUGGGAUAAUUUGACGCAACAAUAACGUACAUACAAAAGAGGUUAUUAAAAUCUCCCAUGCAACGCUGGGCGAUGUCCUUGGCGGAAAUGUUUGUCAAAGGGGGGUGUUAAAAGGUGAUCCUUUUGUCAACUCUGUGAUUCUACGUCAUCCGACAUGUCCCACUCUUCCGAGCGUCGACCCCACCCUUGCGGCCUUUGUGAUAAGUCAUUCGCCCAGAUAUCCACGCUCACCAAGCACCAGCAAAUGCACACUGGAAAGAAGCCCUACAAAUGCCCCUACUGUGACAAAUGUUUCAGCCUUUCUUCUGGCCUGGUUCUGCAUAAACGAAGCCAUGCUGGAGAGAAGCCUCACACCUGCCGGCUUUGCACCAAGACCUUCAUCUCCUCCGCUCACCUGACACUGCACCUGCGCUCACACACAGGAGAAAGGAAGUACAAAUGCAACAUAUGUUCCAAAAUGUUCAUGCAGCCCUCCCAACUUAUGUGCCACAAGACGAUACACACCGGCGAGAAGCCUUUCAAAUGCCCUGACUGCAACAAGUGCUUUGGCCGUGCGUCGCACCUGAAAACCCAUCGCAGGCUUCACACAGGUGAAAAGCCUUUCAGAUGUACACAGUGUGACAGGGCUUUUACACAGAAGGCCGGACUUGUUAUACACCUGCGCCUGCACACUGGUGAGCGCCCUUUUAAAUGCGACAAGUGUGGUAAGGCCUUCCGAACCUCAGCCCAUCUGCUUAAACAUCAGGCUCUAGAGCUAGAUGAGGGCACGUACAUCUGUGCCACAUGCCACAAGGGCUUCAGGUCAGUGUCCGCACUAAAACAACAUGAGAAGAGCCACCAGAGCAGCGGGUCACUCUGCUGUGGUGUAUGCUCGAGGGCCUUUGUUCCCUCCUCUUACAUGCAGCUGAAACUGCAGAUACGCAACAAAGAGCUGCUCUACCAUUGCAAGGUGUGCAACAAAACAUUUGUAAAGAUAUCCACCUUUGAGAAACACUGCAACAAGCACCACAUGAAGAUGGACAGGCAAGAGGACAAUACUGUAGAAGAGGAAGAUGCACAUGAGCCACCAUUUGAGCUGCAUACUGCAGCAUCCUCAACAUCAGAUGUCAACACACGUUCAAAAACAAGAACCAAAUGUUGGAUUAAAACGGAAAACUCAUAAUAAUGGAGUUGCUGUCUUUUUACAAAAGCCUUUUUUCGAUAACAUUUACAUAAUGACCUACUGUAUUCACACUUCAUAAAUUAUUCUUUGAUAUGUUCUUAAUUAAAUGAUAAUAAAAAAUAAAAAAAAUGCACACAUACAGAUCUUAUAAAGUUGUAGAGAGACUUGUCUUUAAAGGGAUAGUUCACCCAAAAAUGAAAAUUCUCUCAUCAUUUGCUCACCCUCAUGC